AUGGGUUUCAGGAUCUACAGUUUUCAGGAGUUUUGUUUUGGACAUGAUCAAACUACUGCAGACCACCAUGUUACAAGACUUCAUAGAACAUUUGCUGAUUAGAAUUUGACAUUGCCUACCCAUGAUGGUGUUUCAGAUUUUUAAAGUUCAAUGGCUUGUGUGUUGGUUCACAGGAGGCACAAGUCCAGACACUGAGAAUGAUUUUCUUCUGGCUCAGAUGAUUCAGCUUGAAUAUGAUAAAGAGUAUGAUCGUACAAUUGAUUCGAUGGAAAAGAGAUACAAUGGGGAAAGCAAAGUAUCAGUAUCAUUUGACAACUUUCGCAAUGUUCAUCCUGUCCUGAAAGAUGACUCCAGUUCUUCAGAUUCAGAUGACUGGAAUGAUGAGGAUUUAGAUCCUCUGAGGCCCUCUAAAGCUCCACCUAAACAGUCUCCUGGAAAGAAAAAGGAAAUAAUUACCAAACAUGAUUCAACAGUUUGUGGACGACGCAAUGUAAAGAUUAUGGAAAAGUUCCCACCAAGUUUUGCAGCAGGUGAUGUUGGCAGUUCAACUCUUGAUCUCAAGCUUUCUAAUAGUGUAUUCAACACUUUGAAGCAACACUCUUACCGCGAGGAAAGGCAGAGUGCUCGACUUCAUGAAAAGAAAGAACAUUCAACACAUGAGCAAGUGUUAGAUCCAAAGACCAGACUGAUGUUGUACAAACUGGUAAAUGGAGAAGUACUGGAAGCCGUGAACGGCUGUAUCAGCACAGGAAAAGAAGCAUGCGUCUUCCAUGCUAAUGGAGGAAGGAGAGAAGAGGAACCCAUGCCAGAGGAGUGUGCAGUGAAAGUGUUCAAGACAACCUUGAAUGAAUUCAAGACAAGGGAUCGUUAUAUCAAGGAUGACCAUCGAUUCAGAGAUCGCUUCAGCAAACAGAAUCCCAGGAAGGUAAUCAGGCUCUGGGCAGAGAAAGAAAUGUGUAAUCUAAGCAGGAUGAAGAAAGCUGGUAUUGCGUGUCCUACUGUUGCGCUCUUGAAGAAACAUAUUCUGGUCAUGAGUUUCAUAGGCAAAGAUCAACAACCUGCGCCAAAACUGAAAGAUGCUGUUCUGUCUGCACGUCAGUUACAGCUGGCUUAUGAACAGUGUGUUCAGGUACCAAGUGAUUAACUACAAGUAUUGCUAUUAGAUGUAUAUUUUAAAACUAGUAGUAACCAGAGAUUGGUGAAGUGCGUUCGAUACCGGGGGGGGAGGAAGGGGGUACUCUAGCAAUUUUUUGAUAGGGUGUGUUGCUAGGAACAUGACAUUUUUUGGGUUAUAGCAGUGGAUAUUCAGUUAGUAUUUGGACACCUGAUUGUAGGCUGAGUACCAGAAAUACCUUCUCUAUUUAAUAUUUCGAAUUAAAUAAUAUUUCAUACUAUAUUUAAUAAAAAAAAUCAGAAGCUCAAUUCUUUUUAUAUCAAGAUCCCUGACUGUUUUGCCAGUUCCUGAUUCCUAUACCCAAAGCAGAC